AUGACGUCAUCGAUGUUGUUUUCUCGGAACGAGUGAGGACGAAGACGGAUAUGAGAGAGAUUUUUUAUCAGUAUUCCUUUAUUUAAGGUCUUUACCGGUGAUUUAUCGACUAUGGACAAUGCAGGGCCAUUCUUCCUGUGCAGUUGCUGUGGGACUCAGUUCCCAUCGGCUCUGCUGCUCUCCCAGCAUUGCGCCACUCAUCACCAAGGCUUUGAACUCUCUCCAUUCAUCAGCGUUGGAAGCAUGUUACCAACUGGACAGGGGACACUCCCCCAGGCUCCACCCAACCAUUAUGACAUCAUCAAUCAACCACCAAUCACCAGGAAGCCAAGUGGCCAUGAUAUCACUCUUACACAACUACAGACUGUGAACCCAUCUUCACAAGCUCAUUUAAUGCCUUCCCCUCAUCCCCUGCCACAACAGGAGGUAGUCAAACAUGGCAAGGGUGGUCAACUACCAGUCUUAUCUUCAAACACUACAACUGCAAAGUUUGGAUCAGGGUAUUUUGCCAUGUCAGAAGCAAUCCAUUCAACCCAGUCCCAAGAGGGUACAGAGACCCGAGGAAACACUCAGUACACUUGUGUUGUAAAUCCAACUCAGACACUGGAAGCUCAUUCUAAUAGAAACCUGAAUAAUCCUUCAGGCAUGGAUGGAAAUCUAAGCAUGCAAAUUACCAAUCAAAUUGAAAAUCAGUUACAACCCAUUGUCAAAACACCAACAACUGAAAAUGGAGCUGGAAUAAUGCAGACACACGUGGGAGGAGUGACUACAGUCGCCGGCACAUUAUCUGUCAUUCAAAGCAAUCACUGCAGUCCAACAGGACAAAGAGACAACAUAAACAAUGAUAAUUCUCAUAUCCAGAAACAGAUCUCACAUCGUGUGACCAAAACUGUUCUUACUUCAAUGGUAUCUAUGAAAAACAAUCUAGGCUGGACGAACCAAACUGAAGCUUCAUACAGACUACCUUCAUCAACACUAGCUGUCCUUCCAUUACAUCAGCAGCAGACUGUUCUACUGGCCCGUACCCCUGCGUUUCCCAUGGGUGUCCUAACUGCAGUGGGUGUACCCCAGACAGAACCAGUCAUAAAACCUACCAAGCCCCCUAGAGGUCAGGGCCCAAGACCAUUCUCCUGUCCGACUUGUGAGAAGACGUUCACUCUCAAGUAUAAUCUACAGCAACAUGAGGUUUAUGCUCACUCUGAUGACAGACCUUAUGCUUGCUCCAAGUGUGAUAAUGCUUUCAAGCUGAAAGGACAUCUCAAGGAACAUGAACGUAACUCACAUAGUGAGGAGAGACCUUUCAAGUGCACACAGUGUGAGAAAACCUUCAAACAAAAGAGCCAUCUCACAGGUCAUAUGUCCAUUCAUGAUGGGAGCAAACCUCACCGAUGUGAAACUUGUGGGCUUGUCUUCCGUCAGAAGCAGCACCUGAAGCGGCAUGCCCUUACGCACACUGGUAAACGACUCUUCUCCUGUUCUCAUUGUCCUUCGACAUUCAACAUCAGCAGCGACCUGAAGCGUCACACCCGCAUCCAUACCGGAGAGAGACCGUUCUGUUGCGCCCAUUGUGGGAAAGGCUUCGCUAGGAAACAGGCUGUCAGGAUACAUGAGAAGAUUCAUUUUAAGCCCUUUAUCUGCCAGAGGUGUAGUAAGAGCUUCAGAGACCUACAGGCACUGGCUGACCAUGAGAAGAAGCAUGUUAAGUCACUGUCACAUGAUUGCAGAGAGUGCGACCAGAGGUUCAGUCUAUUCACAGAGCUCAAGGAACAUAUGAAGAUUCAUAAAGAAAAGAGCAAGGUUGUAAAGGAAAAGAAGAUUGCUAAUCGGAAGAAUAUGGCAGCACGACCAAAUCUUAGGAUGACAAGGCAGAGAACUGCAGCAGCAAGGGCAUCUCACAGGAAAACUAAACCAAAGUCUUUAAGACCCAAAAGAAGAGAGCAAGAUUCAAAUGAAAUUUCAAAACUGACUGAUGAUGAACAGCUAUCUUGCAGUGUUUGUCGAAGGCCCUGUCGAAGGUGUAAUCUGUUACGCCAUGAACAGAAGUGUCAUGGCAUACAGCAUACUGUCCACCAGUGUGAAGAAUGUGAAGAAACGUUCACUGGACGCAAUACUCUAAUGGCUCAUGCCAAAGAACACAAGAACCCUGAGAGAUUCAGAUGCGACCGAUGUGACGAGGCCUUCCAGUAUGAGUCUCACCUACAUAAGCACCUAGUCAGUGCCCAUGGCGUUAAGCCCUUCUCUUGUGAUAUCUGCUCGAAGACCUUUGUACAAAAAAAGUCCUACUUGGAGCACAGUAGAACAUGUAAAAAGGAAGAUACUGUAAGUUGUGAGCUUUGUAAAGAUGUCUUCAAGCAGAAGGUGUCACUGCUGCGCCACAAGGUCAAAGCUCACGGCCUACGACCAUACUCCUGUACCAUCUGCGAAAGGGGCUUUGCAAACAAGGGAACCCUUCAACGACACAUCGUAACCCACAGCAGCGAUCGUCCUCACCAAUGCCAGUACUGCUCAAAGACAUUCAAGGAGAAGCGACAAGUGGACCAACAUGAGAAGACCCACAGAGGUGAGAGACCAUUCCAGUGUUUCCAGUGUGGACUCUCCUUCCAUCGCAAGGCGUACCUGGAGCGCCAUGAAGCCAUUCAUACAGGAGAGAAGCGGUUCCGGUGUCCUCACUGUCCGACAGCCUUCUUCAUGGGCCAUGACCUUAAGAGACAUCUUAGGAUCCAUACGGGAGAAAAGCCAUUUGCCUGCAAGAUCUGUAAGAAAGCAUUCCGAAGGAAAGCAGCUGUGGCCUUUCAUGAGAAGCAGGUUCACAUGAGGAAAUUCCAGUGCAGCUACUGCUCCAGAAAGUUCUUCACCAAGUCUCAGCUUGAUUCCCAUACAGUCAUGCACCUGGGUGUUCCUCGUCCCCAGAUUCCCGUAGAAAAUUGUGAUCCAUGUCAUAGGACUGGAGAUGCUGAAGGAGUCCCAUCAGCUCCCAUUAGAAUGAACUCUAAGGCUUCAGGUCUUGCUCCAUCUCUAGACUCUGCUGAUGCUCCUACUAUGCAGCACCCUGCAAUGGCUGCAUUGACUCCAAUCAUUGGUGCAACCACUAGCAGUUGUGAAUUACAGGAAGGAUCUGAUUCUGAUGAUCUACCUUGUCUAGCUUCUGACCUUCCACCCAAUCAGAGUUCUACAUCAGGUCCAGAUAGCAGUAGAGCUCAGACCGAUCCAUCAGAUGCCACUGAUGUCACAUUUUUCCUGUGUAAUUCCUGUGGCAGUCUAUUCCCCAGUGCAGCCAUGUUAGCCAGACAUACCCAGCUACUCCACAAUCCUUCCCUCACCAUCAACAACCCUGCUCCUAAAGCCAAGUCCACCACGAGACAGAGGACAAAGCGUGAGAGUAGGAGUAAGAUGAAGAAGAAAGACACACCAAAUGCUAUGGAUGGGACCGUAAAGCAACAGAUGUGUGCUGAAUGUGGGGAAGAGUACAUGGGUGAUUCGAAAGCCCAUGGAUGUCUUGAUGCAAGCAAUGUACCCGUGUCCCCUGGUCCAGAAGUUAUUGAGGAUCCAGGACCUGAUUAUGUGGACCAGUAUCCUGUCCGGACCGUCGGAGAGUCCAAGGAGAAGGAUGAGUCUCUGUACUACUGUAGACACUGUGACAAGGGCUUUAAGAAGAUGAGUAGUCAUAACGUCCAUCAACGGAUCCAUACAGGAGAUAAGCCAUUUGUUUGUAAGUUCUGCAACAAGGCCUUCUCUGUCAAGAGCAAUCUGAAACAGCAUGAGAUAGCUAAACACACAGACGAGAGACCCUAUGCGUGCUCAAAGUGCGAUGCCAGAUUCAAACAGCACAGCCAUUUGAAGUCGCAUGAGGAGAUCCAUGCAGGCAUCAAGAACUAUGAAUGCACCGUGUGCGAUCAGAAAUUCAGGCAGUCUUCACAUCUGCAACGGCAUAAACUGAUUCAUGAUGGGAUUAAGCAGUACAAGUGCGAACGCUGCCCCUCUGCGUUCAAUCUGGUCAGUGACCUGCAGCGCCAUUCUCUAAUCCACUCAGGCGUUAAGCCAUUCCAGUGCGAUCAAUGCGAGAAACGUUUCCGACGCAAGUUCCAGCUGAAGGUCCACCAGCAGAUGCACACGGGGGAACUCCCCCUUCAGUGCCCGCAUUGCAGGAAAGCCUUCAUGGACAAGAAGUGCUUCGAGAGCCAUGUUUCCGCUCAUGAAGGUAAGGCUCUUCACAAGUGUGAUGCUUGCGAUAAGUCCUUCAGCACAGAGUACGUCCUGAAGCGUCAUUCAUGCGGACAGAAGACUGUAGGAUGUUUCAAAUGUGAACAGUGCUCCAAGUCUUUCAAAUGUAAAGAUACUUUUGAUAACCACAAGUGCAGAGGUAGAACGGGUAGAACGGAGAAGAAAGAAUGUUCAUCAUGAGUUCUUUAAGUUUGAAGGGACCAUCAGAUGCUUUGGCAAAUAGAAGAAUUCCACAAAUGUUGUUGAAAUGUGUGGUACGACAUUAAAGUGAAAGUCAAGUCUACAUUUUCAUUUUAAGGUGUACAUCCAUAGGAACAUACCAUGUUGAAUUCAGGUCAGAAAUAAAUCUUCAUUUUACUUCCAGUAAUUAUGUGUGAAUGUUAGUAGGAUCAAUUUUUCACAUGGAAGGAUCCAAUAUCAACAGAAUGUUGGUACAAGUUUUAAAUCAGAAAAUUUUCCUUAUUUUGUCCCAUGAUUAAAUAUUAAUUCAACAAAUCAAUUUAAAGAAAAUAGCUCUGCUUGAAGUCAUUUUUUGCAUUUUUAUUGUCACUUGAUUCAUGUUAUGGAAUGUUAUGAUUGAUAUGGUAGGCUAAAACAACCUAGAAACAAAUCUGUAUGUUGUUCAUCAUUGUUGAGGUAUACUUAGUGACAAGAGUGAUACUUUGUACCAGAAGGGGCAUACAGUUUUAAAGUGCCGUUCAAGUAUAAAUCAUUUUAUCUUUUACAAAAAAGAUAUUACUUUAUUUGAUUGUUAUUGUGCAAAUAGAAGGUUUUCGAAAUCGAUUGGACCAUAUAUCAUCGCUUAUAGAAUUGCAUAUCUGAUCAAACAGAAUAACUAGUUUGCGUUGUGCAGCUGCCAAAGUGUGAUGCUUUGACCACUAUAGUUUUACUAUAGGAAAUGUGGAAGAAAAAAAAAUAUAUAGUCGUGUUGUCAAUUCAUAUAGAUUCUUGCCAUUUGAAUAGUACUUUUAGAUUUUGUGAAAUUCGCUUGGCCAUCUGGCCAUUCUGAUAAACAUUUGGAGAGAGUGUUAGCUAAUGCCUUCACUCACAAUGGAAUAUGCAGCCAUAUACAGACAUAUGACUUGGAAUUAUUUGCAGGACAAUGUAGAAAUACAAUUCACAGUGUUUCUAAAGAUGUAAUCUAUGUGCAAAUAUUCAAGCUAAUGCAUCACUGCAAUAUCAGUGUGUGCAAUCCGUAUGCGGUUUUAUAUCCCUCACAGUGUCCCUAAGUUCCCAAAGUUUAUGGUAAAUGAAAUGUCAUGUGGGAUGUUUUCCAGUGUUUAUUUUUGAUAAAAAUUUAAUAUAUCUG